GAGAUACAUCGGCACAUUAAUAGAAAAACCAUCAUGAUGAGACAUAGUAUUUAAGAUUUGGUGAUCGAAUUUAAAGAAAUGCAUUGAAGCAUGAUUAAUUGAAAUUAAAUGUAUGCUUUUAUAAGAGUUCAAGUGUAAGGUAAUCUUUGUCCAUCUCAAUGAUUUUAUGAGAAAAGAAAUAUCGAUCAAGUCUGCAUCAUACACUUCACAUUACAUUACCCUCAUCAUCUCUCUUUCUCUCCUUUUCUCUUUCUUCAGAUUCCUUUCCUUUUUCUCUCUCCUGUUCUACCAAGCCCUUCCUCCAUCCCACACAUCGACAGUGCAACACCAUCAAUCAAAUUCAUUGGGAGAAAAGUCCAACAAGAAUUUUGUUUUGAUUCUCUCUGUUUCCGACUAUGCAUCUUCACAAAAACUUGAUUCAAUUCUUAAUAAUUACUGAGAUUUAGUGGUCGGUUGGCUUCAAUAGACUCGAUAUCUUGCUUUUAAUUUUUUUAAAGAAUCUUUUUAUUCUGAUUCUGAAAGUUGGGCUCUUUUUUAGUUUCUUUUAUUUCUUUGGUUUCCUUUUUAUCCAUUAAAUGGGGAACAUAAAUGGUAGAGAAGACGGUGGUGGUGCCGGUGGUGAUGGUGGUAGCACCUCCUCAAUUGGUAACGACGUCGCGGCUCAGGACGCUAACUAUAUUGCUCGUACUGGUGAUGAUGGUGAGUUCAUGGGUCACUCUCCUCCUCCAAGCCCUAGGGUUUCUGGCUCUCCAUUGAUGUUCACUCCUCAGGUACCUGUGGCUCCAUUACAAAGACCUGAUGAGAUGCAGCCAAACAAUUCAUGGAUGCACACCUCUUCCAGCUAUGAAGACAUGAUGAGUGAGCAAGGAAUUCCAACAAUGAUUACAUGGAGUUAUGAUGGCAAAGAAGUUGCUGUAGAAGGCUCAUGGGACAAUUGGAAAACAAGGAAGGCAUUGCAGAGAUCAGGGAAAGAUUUUAUUAUAUUAAAAGUUCUCCCUUCAGGUGUUUAUCAGUACAGAUUUGUUGUUGAUGGACAAUGGAGGUAUUCCCCUGAUGUCCCAUGGACACAGGAUGAAGCAGGAAACACUUAUAACAUCUUGGAUUUGCAGGAAUACGUGCCGGAAGACAUUCAAAGCAUAUCUGGUUUUGAUCCACCUCAAUCCCCGGAUUCAAGCUACAACAAUUUACAACUUGGGUGUGAAGACUAUGCGAAAGAGCCACCAUUAGUUCCACCACAUCUCCAAAUGACACUACUGAAUGCACCUUCACCCCACAUGGAAAUCCCACCACCUUCAUCACGACCUCAACAUGUUGUCAUAAACCAUCUUUACAUGCAGAAAGGGAGGAGCAGUGACUCGGUUGUGGCCCUUGGAUCCACUCAUCGCUUCCUAUCCAAAUAUGUCACAGUUGUACUCUACAAAUCCAUACACCAAUGACCAAACCCUUUAUGCAAUUUCAAUUUGGUGUAAUCCGUUUUCAUGCCAAUGAUCUUGUGUUUUUUUUUUUGGGUUUUUAAUCCUUGAGAGAGGAUUUGUGGAUGUUGUUGAUGAGUUGAGUUGUGGGUUUUAUGACAAUGUAAGCGAUUAGAUGUUUGAGGUUUAUGGUCAAUGAAUUCAAAGAUGUUGAUAUUGUUGAGUAAUCUCUUGGAUUCUAUUUAUUGUUGCCCCAAUCUCUUGUUUCAAUAGAUCUUAUGUUAUUUUAUACAACUUAUGUGUCGGAUGUCCAUUUUUGGAUUCAUACAUCCAGUUGGGAAUGAUUAAGAAGUGGAAUAAACAAUGUGAAGAAAUGAACAAGGUGAAGGAAUGGAUCAUUAUAUUAUAUUAUGUUCUUAUUGUUAUUGUUAUGUUGACUAAGAAGAGGAAUAAACAAUGUAAAGAAAUGAACAAGGUGAAG